GGUUCCGAAUCCAGCAUGCCGAGCCUUCGAGUAAUAUUUCCGUUUCUCGCGUUCAAUCUGGCGCUGUUACUCCGCCAGGUUUCUUCGAAGUCCCCGAAUUCGGAGCUAGCCGAAAUCCUUCGCCGACCGAUCCGGGCCCUCAUAUUUCCGGAAGAGAGCACCAGCGGUUUGUUCCUGGCAUUGGCGGUGCCUCUGGAGGAUCCGUACAAAUCGAUCUCCAUCGCAAACUUUUUCGAAGCCACCUACAAUCUACCAACAAACGUAACCGACGAGUAUUUUUGGACGCAGACCGAACUGGCGAGAAAGAGGAGAAGUGUGAGCAGAAACCUGGACAGAGCCACGGUCUACCAGCUCGUGGAAAAUAAGUUUAUCAGCUACGGGUAUCAGGGUCACGAGUGUCUGCUGAGGGCAAUUUGCGAAACUUCGGAGCAUUCCCUGAGACAUAACGGGCUCAUCGGUGACAUUCUGCACGUGAUCUUCACACCGACGAGCUCGCGACACGAGGAACUGCCGCAGGACAUUCUUCAAGCUGAAGUGGUCGGACGUAAUGGAGGCUGCUCGAAGUACCAACCGCAAUGCCCCGUGGGACUCUUCGACUUGAUUGGAGUCCUCGGUUGAGCCCUGAAAAACCAGCGCGGCACACCGCCCCCGCCGAGUAAACAGUUCGAUUUUAUGCCUCCGCUUCAGCCAGCCACUCGACGAACGCUCGAGGAUUCCGGCUAUUGUGUACUCGGCUGAUUGAUCGACUCGUAUCUCGCCUUGUAUCUUCGCUAAGAACGCAAAGCAUGGGAGACCGAAGCGAAAAGAAACCUAUCGAUCCGAAACGCUCGUACGCGCGGAUCCUGCUGGUUUGUAACUUGUUUGACCCGGCCCGACUCGAACCCGAACCCUAACCCGAACUCGAACCCGUCAGCCACCCGAGGUCUCGACGAAGCCCAUCGAAGUUAAAGCCGGAUAUUUUCGAACGACAACUUCGCCAAGUUUACGCGAAGUUUCGCGAGUGUGUUCAAAGGAUGGGGUAGUUAAAGGUAUGCGCGCGAUAAGUCGCGUUAAGAGCGUUCGCGCGAAUCCGAUCUUCCGGUUGCGUUAGCGUCCAUGAGUAUCGGGAUAUCUGGCGAAUUUAGGUAGAUUAUACAGGGUGUUCGCGAUUUUUGAGACAUUUAGGUCAAUCUGACAAAGAAAUGUUUCGAAUGAAAGUUAUUCGGUACUUUGAUGGGAAUAAAGUGCAUUAGUAAAAAUUGUGAGAAAUUUUGUUAUCAAAUAAGAAACUAAAGUCACCUUGCCUUUUUUAAAGUAGCACUAUGUAUUUUUAGCUCCAUAUUCUUAUGGUUGAUGAAAAAAUGAAUUUAGUGAUCCACCUUACAAUGACCUUCGGAUGAUCUUGAGCUCAGAAGUGAAUGUAAACUGUAAACACACAUCUUUAAUUCGAUCUUUUCUUUACAGUGCGUAAUAAUUUAUUAUAAUAAUAGUAAUGCUAUAGGAUAAAUCCGGAAUAGUUUGACUACCGGGAGAGAUCGACCAGUAUUGAUACUUUAAAACCAAAGCAAGAUAGGGCUCUGUGUGAUGUAAACAAUAUAAUGUAAUGUGUAAUCUUGUCGUGUAAUCUUAUUUGUGGCUCCACAGUGACGAUUGUUAUAAACUGAAAAUAAAAAUAAAAAGUGUGUUAAGAUUGUUUAUAUUGUAACUGUUUACAUUCAGUUCGAAAGUAUCAUUUACUAUGAAUUACGUUUACGUUUCAUUGACGCGUAGGAAACUUAGUAUCUUAGUUAUUGCCAAUUUCUGAGCUCAAGGUCGUCCGAAGAUCAUUGUAUGUUGGAUCAAUGAAUUCAUUUUUUCAUCAGCUAUAACAAUAUGGAGUUAGAAGUACAUAAUGUUAUUUAAAAAAGUCAAGGUGACCUUAACUAUUUUAUUGAAUAAAAAAUGUUUUCGCAAUUUUUAUUAAUGCGCUUUACUCUCAACAAAGUACUGAAUAACUUUUAUCCGAAACAUUUUUUUGUCAGAUUGGCCUAAAUGUCUAAAAAAUCGUGGCGACCGUUAUGGUGAACACUCUGUUUAGGAGCAUGUGAGAACUUCUCUUUUUAACUCUUUGCGCUCGAAUUUAUUUUAACCUUAGAAUGGUGUACGUCAAAGUCACUUUGUAUCACUGCAACAGUAGUGGCUUGACGGCAAAUUGACUCGAUAUCAAUAAUCGUGACUUGGCAACGAACUCACUCCGUGACGAUAGUGAUUACUAUUGAGACGGAAUCAGUUUG